GUACAUCUGUCCAGAUACCCGAAGCGUCAACAAGACAAGGAUCUGUUUAUUUUGUCUGCCACUGAACGUCCCACCAUGGCCCCUCAACCCACGCACAGCCGUCCCACGUCACGCUUACCGGCCAUCACACCACAGCUCUUGCGUGUUCCCAUACAUAUUACUCUCAUGACACUGGUUUGUUUCCUCUGAACACAACAUCACGCCCUAUCGACACCAGGAUAUGCGCAAAUUCGACGGCGUACGAUGCUGUCUAGCCUGCGGUGAAGCAGUAUUUGAAGAACAACAGAUUGCACCGACAGCGAUCCGACUGAAGCCAACAGUUAUCCCUGUCGAAUAUCAACACACCCGUCUUCAUCUUGGUCUUGGAAAAGAAAUUUGUCUCGUAGUUCUGCUGCCUGGCAGAGACCUUGAACCGCUACAAUGUGAGAUAAAACAUGUCUAUCUGGAUGACAAACCAGUCUUUGAAGCAGUCUCGUACACCUGGGCUGGCGAAGAUGGAGACGACAGCAAGUCACGAACCAUUCAGUUCACCAAUGGUGCAAUUAUGCAUGUCACAAUAAAUUGCGAGGCUGCACUUCUUCAGCUGAGGCAUCCUAGCAGGGAGCGACGGCUCUGGAUUGACGCGAUCUGUAUCAAUCAGACAGAUGUUACCGAGAGGAAUCGUCAAGUUGGUUUAAUAGAUCAGAUAUUCUCAGCUCCCCAAAGCGUCGUCAUCUCCAUUCCGUAUGCGAAACCCAGUAUUUGCACGAACGUCUUCUGCCCCUGUUCUCCUGGCUCCAAUGGCCUAACGAAGACCUCUACUCAUUUCACAAACACAAAUUCAAUAGCACGCUCGAAACACUCUUAGAGUUGCGCUACUUCGAACAGGUCUGGGUAAUCCAGGACGUCGCACUGCCAAGAGAUUGCAUUUGCACGUUCAUGCACAUGAAGCUGAGCUUUUCUUCCCUGUAUUGGAAAGAAUGCGGCAAGGUCGUAAAGUUCCCUCUGUCUUGAUGUGGAGCCUCAGGUUAGCGCGCACUGCCGAUAUCAUGACAUGCUUGCAAGCCAGCAUGACGUGCAAGUCAAGAGAUCCUAAGGACAAGGUCUUUGCAGUCCUCAACCUCAUAGAGCCCUACUCUCGA